AUGAAGUUCCUCGCCGUCCUCGCUACCACUGUGGCCUUGGUCUCUGCUGCUGUCCUCGACCCUGUCCACAGCCUUGUCCAGCGCGAAGUCGCCAACAGCGACGUUACCGCUUUUGCCCUUCCCGAUGGCCGCUCCAAGCUCGAGGUUGUUGUUGACGGUGUCCUCGAGGGCACUAUCGUCGAGACCGCCGAUGGUGGCCUCAUCGCCUACGAUGCCUUUGGCAAGGAGAUUGACCUUGACGCUGAGCACGGCGAUGACUCCAUCGUCAAGCGUGGCAAGUUGGACGUUAUCCUCAAGCUCGGCAAGAUCCUGAAGCGCUGGGGUGGCCGUGCCUGGACCUUUUUCAAGUGCACUGGCUACGGUGCUGCUGUUCGUUGCGGUGAUGAGUUCCUUGACUGCGCCCAGUACGGCCAGCCCCCAUGGACCUGCAUUGAGGGUAUUGCCUGUGUUGGUGGAUCCGCCAAGAAGUGCAUCUAA